UAGCAGUGCGCUGCGCUGUGCAUUCCAUUCUGCAUGUUAGGACGCACAGGAAAACCCAACUGUGAUGUUGAUCCAAACGCCAGCCACGACGUGAUCCGAUCACGUGGUACUGCUCACACUUUCGGCAUCGCCUGUGUCCAAGCCACUUCCUUUUCUCCCGCGCCUUCGACGAGCGAAUUGCUGACGUGCAGCGCCGACACCAGUGGAUCGAAAUGCACGCCUCUUCUGAUACUGGAAUGGGAGAGACAACUCCAUCCGCCCCCCCUGCACGUGCGCUGACGACGACGACCCGUCAUCCACUCGAGAUGAGAUCACCCUCGGAGCAUAGGUUAUUCGUGCGCGGGAGUGCGGUGUGUGGUCACGCUCUUUCGUUCAUCCUUCGCUCAUCCCUGACCUGCUCCCAAUUCUAGACUGCGGCGACUCGACGAUGACAUCAGCGCUAGCUCCGUGUCUUGGGAUACUUAUACGCCCAGCUGCGCAUAGGGUGCCUUCAACUUACGCACGCGAAAACGACUCCGAAUAUGCAAUCCACACCUGUCUACAACAACAACGCUCAGGCUCAGCAGCUGCAAUCCGGUAUCAAAACCCAAGCCCGAUUCGAUAACUCGGGAACCGCUCAAGACCUUCAGGGAACCGAGAAACGCGCCCCGCAGACGGACAACUUGGGCAGCAACCAGGGUGCUCCCCACACCCAAACGCAAGCUGCACGAUUCGACAACAGCACCGGCGACAUGCAAGGCUCGCAACGCUUCCAGGACCGAUUCGGUGGGUCCACCACCGGCACUGGCACUGGCGACGUCUCCCGGAACGACCACGGGAACAACUUCUCCACAUCGGCGACAGGCGUAGGUCAGGCGCAGCAGAACCAGUUUGAUGGAUCCUCCUCAGGCUUCACCGGCGCGGAAUCACGGCGGCCCGAUCACAACGACUUCAACGACAAUUCAGGCGCCGGUCGAUCGGAUGGGUCCGCUGGGGUUGUUGGGCCCGCAGGUACCGGGGAUCUGCGCCAGCACGACAAUUCCGGCGCUGGCGGCGGUUUAGGGUUCACUUCAGGCGCACAGUCCGGCAUGGCGGCGCAUCCCACGGCGAUGCACUUCGGCCCUGGGCCUGUCGACAUCACUCGUAACCGCGAGACCGCGAACGCGCGUGCACUUGACGGGCAGCAGCAGCAGCAGCAGACGGGCACCGGGGCUGGGCUCCAGCACCAUCACCACCUCCACCAACACGAAGGGGCUGUGGACUUGAGUCACUCGGACGCCGGCCAGAUGACUGGUCAGCGCUACGACCCAAGUGGAGCUGGUCAAACAGGGCUGGGAUCUGAGCAUAGGCAUGAGCAUGGAAGUGGGCGUGAUUUCGAGGGUCGGGAUGAAGGGCGGCUCGACCAGCAUCGGAAUCAGCACCACGGGGCCGGCGAUGCAGUAGCUGCUGUGACCGGGGUUGCUGGCUUGGAGGAGGUGAAGCACAAGCAUAACAUGCGGCGGGAUGUCGAGCACAACAAUAACAACAAUGAUAACUCUGGAUUCGACCAAACGCAGUCCACUCGCACACACCCGACAGGCACCGAUGCCAGUCGGAUGCAAGUUGGACAGGGCGACGGUGCUCCGUUCACAGAUCGCUCUGGCGCUGGCUCGAACGAUCACCGCACCACCGCUACUGGCGCCGUUAAGCCGACGCACCACGACAUCCACGGCGAUCGACCGGAGGCUGACCACAGCUCAUCUGCCGGUCGUGAAGACCGCCACCAUCAUCUCGGUGCUGGUGCCGCUACUGGCGCAGGUGCUGCCGGUGUUGGCGCUGGCGCAGCUGCCUUGGCCGGCCAUGGGACCGAUACGACUCGUUCCGGUGCUGGGACUGGGACUGGCUUCGGCAGCGGCACUGGGGCUGGGGCUGGUCGUGAUGACCAUCAUCAUGUUCCUGGUGCUUUCGGUGCAGGCCACACUGGAGACGCGACGUCGACUCACGAUCAUUCCACUGCACCUGGUGUCGGAUCCACCGGCACGCACGAUCGUACCACCGGCACGGGCAUGGGAUCUACCAACAAUGCCGGGACUGGCACAACAACUGGUGCAACUGGAUACGAUGCUGGAACGGGCCUAACUGGCAGCGCAACUAAUACCACCAAGUCCGGCACCUCGCUAGGCGACAAAAUCAUCGGCGUUGCAGAGAAGAUCGCGGGCAAGCUCGCUUCCAACCCUAGUCUCCAAGAACGUGGUCAGGAGCGUAAGGGUGAAUUAGAUCCCAGCACCGGCCGUUACCACUAAACAGCAUUUGCGGACAAUCGAAUGUAAAACAUAAUGUACAUUAUCUGAUCAAUCUGUACUAGUACACACAUGGAUCUAGUUCCCAUCACGGCGGAAUUCCUUCGUCUGCCAUUCGAGAUCUCAUCGUCGGAGCCGUACCCAUUGAGCACAUGCAAAGAUUCAUAAGUUCCUAAUCAGUCAGUCGGUCGAUCGAUAUCCAGUCGAUCAACAACUCGCUCUCUUAUGCACCCUCGUUGGUGGAGUUACAGUCUUCGAUUUCUCGGAACUGCCUCCACAUGCAUUAACUUCGUUAGCUCGCAACCUAUGACUGGGUUCAGGGGGUCCUCGACGAGGGGGCUGGCGGCGUCUGUUUCCGAAAUCUUCGUCUGUGGUCAUUCUCGUGUCUCUAUAGAUCUCCGGUCUCCCGGAAAACUAUGCUGAGACAACAGUUGUCCCACUACACUUCGGAUGUUCGGAAUAUUAUUCUAUCUUUGAGAUGUAAUCCGGAUCCGAGAUUGCCUCAGUUACGGGUGAUCCCAUCACAAAUGACGUCACUUCUUGCACUUAUGGAUUUCCGCAGGCUGUGGAAACCCAAAAUUUAUCCCUGCCCGAGCGGAUUUUUCUCUCCGAGUUACACAGAGCCCUCAGUCAUCUCACCCGUCGAUGCACUGCUCGCUGUGUGCUCUCACCAUCGAAACAGAGAUGACGUCACGAACCUAUGCGUGUCAUCCGGAUUACCCAUUAGCGGGUGCCCAAAAUCUGAGUCAUGACUCACCAACCCUGCUUCAAUCGCGCAGUAAGCAAUCGUGCAAUCGUGGUCUUCGCAGUCAGCACAGCCCGAAAUAUUUCCAAUCGCCGCACAUCUUAUAAUACCCAUCGUUCGACAAGAUGACUCGUAACUGCCACCACAUUCGACGACGCCCACCGUAAAUCGCUAUGACCGCCAGCUCCGAAUACGACUAUUCCUCCUGGUCGCCGGCGUCUUCGUCAUCAUCUUCCUCAAGCUCGCCCGUCCACCCCGCAUCUCUUGUGGACCCGGAAAUGCACUCGUCUGCCAUGCUACAGCUUAUCGAUGCUCAAGUGUCGAAAGCCUUCGUCG